AUGCUAAAGAAACUUCCCCGAAGGUGGAAGGCAUUGGAUUUUGCUGCUCUCAAGCGGAGUUCUGUGUCAUUCUUCAAUGAUGAGAAACCAGAAACUACUGUUUCAAGGUGGGCAAGGGCUCGAACAAGGGCUGCCAAGGUGGGAAAAGGUUUGUCAAAGGAUGAGAAAGCUCAGAAGCUAGCCCUGCAGCAUUGGCUUGAAGCUAUUGAUCCACGCCAUCGAUAUGGUCAUAAUUUGCACUUUUACUAUGAUGUCUGGUUCAAAAGUGAGAGCAGUCAACCUUUCUUCUACUGGUUGGAUGUUGGAGAUGGCAAAGAAGUAAAUCUAUCAAAAUGUCCAAGGACCCCUCUACACCGUCAAUGCAUCAAAUAUCUUGGACCAAAAGAAAGGCAAGCAUAUGAAGUAAUAGUUGAAAAUGGGAAGCUUGUUUAUAAGGAAAGCGGAGUUCUGGUGGAUACAGUUGAAGGUACCAAGUGGAUAUUUGUGCUUAGCACAGCUAGGGCUUUGUACGUGGGGCAGAAGAAAAAGGGUAGGUUUCAACACUCUAGUUUUCUCUCCGGCGGUGCCACCACGGCUGCUGGGAGAUUAGUUGCACAUGAUGGGAUUCUUGAGGCUAUCUGGCCAUACAGUGGUCAUUACCACCCAACAGAAGAAAACUUUAAGGAAUUCAUUAGCUUUCUCCAGGAAAACCUUGUAGAUCUCACCAAUGUUAAGAGGUGUGCAAUUGAUGACGACACUCCUUCAGUAAAGGUCACUGAAGAGAAACAAACACCAGAGUCUAUUUUGGGUCCUCCUGAUAUCUCACCAUUGAACGCUGCAAAUACAGCUGAUUCUUCCGCGGUCACCAUGAACACUGCCAUCACAACCGUUGAUCAAGUAGACAAUACCAACACUAACAGUUCCAAUACACAGGCAACAACAGUAUUUGACUUGUCCGAUCGACUGCCAUGCAAAUGGACCACUGGGGCUGGACCCCGGAUUGGGUGCGUGCGGGACUACCCUAAAGGGCUACAGUCGAGAGCGCUGGAACAAGUCAACCUAUCCCCUCGUGUGGCUCCUGAGCAUCUGGCCAACUAUGGCCCCAUCCCUUCUCCACGCCCCAGCCCGAAGCUCAGGGUCUCACCUAGGCUUGCAUAUAUGGGAAUUCCUAGUCCAAGGACUCCAGUUGCUGUAGCUAACUAA